AUGAUCCUUUACAUAUUUUUCUUCUUUUGCAUACCCUUCAGAUUAAAAGGCGUAAUUUGCGGAGAUACGGAUGGAGGCACCUCUGUGGAUUCAAAUAUAUCGCAGUUUUUAAGGCUGGAAAAUCCACCAAAGUACUUUGGAAUUGACAUUGACGGGACCUUCUAUACAGAUAAUAAAGAGUCAUGGAAAAAGAACUUGGACGCAUUUUCCAAAGCCAGGAAGAAUGGCUUCGUACCAUUCAUUUGUACGGGUCGUACGUUUAGCGGAGUAUCGGAUAUUCUAAAGGAUAUGGAAGAAGAGACCGGGUACAAAGGAUACCCUGGCGUCUAUAAUAAUGGUUCAAUAGUUUAUGAUGAGAAUGGUAGUAUAAUGUAUUCCAAAGCGUUUUCCAAGGAAUUUGUCAAGGCUGUUUGUGAGCACGUAACAGAAUGCAGAUCUUUACAGACAUUUGUAUUUUAUACCAAGGAUGGGCAGUAUUCACUGACUAGCAUCCACGGGAACUUUAGGUUUACCUUGGAACUUAGAGGAGUUCCAAAUCCAAAGUUGGUUACUGGCAACGAGCUACUCUCCAUGGACAUUUUAGCACUGUCCGUGUGUUGCAAUAACUUUAAGUUUAGAGAGUUUAAGGAAGGUACGGACUAUGUUUGCAAGACAGCUAGAUCUGGGUUUUGCAACGUCAAUCCAGCUGGUGUGACCAAAGCUCUUGGUCUGAAGAAUCUAAUGGAACACUAUGGUCUCUCGCCAAAAGAUUGUGGAUUCAUUGGUAAUGCUGAUAACGAUAUCGAGGCCAUGGAUUUUUGUGACCAUUCAUUUUGUGUUGAUGAUGCACCAGACUUUGUCAAGAGGCAUGCAAAGUGGGUCUUGGAUAAAGGUCAUGAUGAGGGAGCAGUUGCUCAGGCACUGGAACUACUAUACACCAGCUAGAAUGGUUCCUUGCACAUUUUCAAACUGUUGAAUAAAAUGUCGUUUUAAACGUCACAUUUAUUGAUGCCAUUCCC